UGAUAUUGCCAUAAGCUGUUCGACAGCAGACAUCUGAAUAUCCAGGCAUUAUGAUUAACUUUCCAUUUGGAGCUUUUUUAGCAUAUAUAUUUGUGCAUUGUGCACCAGACAGAAAAAUUAUUACUCCGGUUGGUAGUUAGUACGAAGUUAAGAAAGCCAUGCAAUAUGCAUUACAAGCAACGCAACCCUGGUGUCUGUGAUUGCGCGCUAACAGAUUGAUGGGGCCUUCUCUAAACGUUAUCUUGAACUUCUUUCAUGCGGCAGUGCAAGUGACACAGUUACGAUUUUCGCCAUGUUUUCUUUUCAACAUAAUAUUCCAUUGUGGAUUGCCGACGGUAGUGGUGUUGCUUCAAAAUGGGCACAGGGCUUUGCUGCGCGGAAUGCGAUGGACGUCAAGCAGGAACCUGAAGCGUGCAACUGGUACUACCGGCAGGACGCAGACAAGGUUCAAUGUGGCACAUGCUCCAAAUUGUAUGCCAGUAAGAAAAGCCUAAAGAUACACAAUCGCAUCCACACUGGCUAUAAACCAUAUGCUUGCCCAAUAUGUCCGAAACGUUUCACGCAAACGAACGUCCUGAAAGCACACAUCAAUUACCACACCGGACGUCGCGACUGGUUAUGCAAAAUCUGUGGCAAGGCCUUCACUCAGUCGGCACAUUUGCGAACUCACGAAAAGACCCAUUCGAAUCGCAAGGAUUACCAAUGCCCGUAUUGCCAACAGAAUUUUAGCUGCAAAGGUGUACGCGACCGGCACAUCCGUCAGCAUACGGGAGAAAAGCCUUACAAAUGCUUGCUCUGUGAGAAACGAUUCACGCGCGGUGAGUCACUGAAAUUUCACGAGAACGCCCAUCAGGGCAUCCGACCGUACAGCUGCCCACACGAACACUGCCGGAAGACGUUCACCAAACAGUCCAGCCUGAAGCGCCACAUCCGCUCCGCACACAGCGGACUGGCAUCCAGCUUCCGCGUCCGUUCGGCCAAAUUCAGCUCACCACUCGCUCACGUAUCCGGCUGUUCGGCUAUCUUCCCGACAACAGUGGCUUCGCCCAGCGCCAACAGUGACUGUGUAUCAACAACCGGCUCAUCCACGGCGGGGCCCGGACAGUCCAUUUGUCAUUAAGAUGGAGGAACUCGACGAGGACGACACCGAAGACCAGCUGCUGCAGAACAUGAUCCAAAGUCUGAGUGCCGCUGAACUGGAUCGCCUGGAUCAGUAUUUGGGUUUAAGCAGCACUGAUGCCUCGCUGGAGUCAUUUUUGAAUGGAAGUGGUGGAGAAGUGUUUGAUAGUUUUGUAAAAAUGGAAGUGGAUGCUAACGAUGUAGCUCGUCCAGGCACUGCUUACCCAACACAGAAUUACAACGGGCCUGCUUACAGCGGGCAUUAUGGGAUGAAUAUGUGGGAUCCGGUGGACUGGGAGAUGCCGGAGCUCAAAGUUUUUGAAGCACCUGGACGAUUUCUGCCGCGGUCCGAAUGGGAGCGUGGCAACAGAUUCCACCGUAUCGAAUGAGCGGAAGCUCGGUGUGCGGUAACUGCCCUGCCUGUCAUACAGUUUGCCGGGCACAGUCAGCUCCUAAAUUCCUAAUACGCAGCGGUUGCAUCGAAAAAAUUCAACUCUUGUCGUACGAUUGUCCCACAAACUUCUCGCUUCGAAUGAAUCGAUUCAUAUACUUACGGUAUGCUGUAAAACGAGUGCAUGGCUAUUCUGUAGUCUGUACGCUACCCGUAGAUCUUAGGCUGAAUUUUAUGUAUGAGGAGGAUAGUUGGAAAAGCUCAGAAGGUUAAGAAGCUACACGGCUUCUUUUGGAUUGUUGGACUGUGAUAUAAAUGGAUCCUCAAUGUUUUGUACUUAAGCUUCUACGAGUAGUUUGUUUCGUAUCAGCAGUUCAGAACUUUGUCAUUUGUUCUUAUUGUUGGCAUUUUGCAUUCCUGUUAGCAAUGGAAUUGUUGCAUGUUGUGUCAUUUUAUUGAUGAUUUAGUUGUAAAAUGUAGUUUUUGAUAUAUAUAUUUUUUUCAAGCUUCUAUACUGCCAUGGUUUUUUUGCCAGAGUGUCACCCAAAUGGCAUUCGAAAUCGUUAUUGUAUGUGCUUGGUGCGAG